CUAAAAUCUCUCUCCAAAUCUAUCCUUUUUCUGUUCUCAUCACCCUCUUGUUCUUUCCGCUGCUUAGCUUCAUUCCUUCUUCUGUUCUGUGUUCUGUCUUCUUGUUCCUUCCACCUGAAACUCAACCAGACAUAGUUUAUUUUGUUUGUUUAAUUAUAUUUAUAUGCUUCCUCUUAUAUAGAAAAUGGAGUUCGAGAAAACCCACCAAGCUCAAGCUAAAAUGACAAGGAAUUGAAGUAAAAGGAUCAACUGUGCCUUUAGAAGUACGAGUCAAGGGUCCUAACAAGUUUAACAUUGAACAAUUGAUGCAAUGUUCCUGUUUCUUCUUCUUCUUCUUUCAAGUCCAAGUUCCAUAUUUUCUCGCACUGCAACAGCUCAACAAAUAAAUUCCAAUGUUAGCCUAGGUUCUUUUCUCACUCCGACUAACAACUCAUAUUGGCCCUCUCAUUCUGGCCAUUUUGCCUUUGGUUUUUAUCCAAAUGGAGAAGGUUUUGCAAUUGGGAUUUGGUUUGCGAAAAGUCAACAGAAAACUAUCACAUGGACAGCAAACCGGGAUGACCCACCAUUGCCAAGGGAUGUGACCUUGAUCUUGAGCAGUGAUGGCAGGCUUAUCUUGCAGUGGGAAUAUGGCCAGCAGAUACCUUUCGCAAACACGUCUCAGCCUGCUUCCUCUGCCUCCAUGCUCGACUCUGGUAACUUCGUACUCUAUGAUUCAGACUCAAGGAUUAUAUGGCAGACUUUUCGUGCUCCAACAGACACCAUUUUACCAGGACAAAGCCUUUUGGCAGGGGAAGAGCUGGUGUCUAGCAUCUCCAACACAAAUCAUACAACUGGAAGAUUUCGACUCAAGAUGCAUAGAGAUGGAGAUCUGGCAAUGUAUCCUACGCAAUAUGCAGCAGGAGACGAUUCUCUUUACUGGAAUACAGCUACACAUCCUGCUGGAGGUAAUGUGAGUCUGAAUCUUGAUACUGAUGGCAAGCUAUACCUGUUAAAUGCUAGAGGCUUUAAUAUACGAACUCUAAAUGAUGGGCAAACUGUGUUUGGUAAUCCCAUUUAUCGUUUAACAAUCGAUCCAGAUGGAUUAUUUCGAUUAUAUUCAUAUAAUUUGGAUCAAAAUGGUACUUGGUUGGUUGCAUAUCAAGAUAAUGAGAAUAAGUGCCUUCCCAAAGGCUUAUGCGGCUUGAAUUCAUAUUGUAUUCCUCUAGACCAAGACACCAACUGUACUUGUCCUCCUGGUUUUGAUUUCAUUAACCCUAGUCAGGAGAAUUUGGGCUGCAAGCGAAAAUCCAGUGUAGAUGAUUGUGUGAGCACUAAUUAUACUAUUCUGGAAUUGGAAAGAAUCACAUGGGAAUCUGACUCAGAUUCUGUUGUCCGAUCUAGCAACAAAACUGAGUGCGGAGAUGAAUGUUUAAGAGACUGUAACUGUGAAGCUGCCUUAUUUGAUAACCAAGAGUGCAAAAAACAAAAGCUUCCAUUGCGAUUUGGGGGAAAGAAUAACGAUGGUGAAACAAUGGUAACUCUUAUCAAGAUUAGCAAUGGAGAAAUGGGGGGCAAGGAAAGACCAAGAGAGAUGCCAACCAGGAAUGAUUCCUCAAUUAUGAUUCCUAAGAAUAACAAGAGUGGGCUACAAAUUGGUAUUUUAGUUGCUGGUGCUACAAGUUCAACUUUUGGGCUCAUUAUUCUAGCAAUUUCUGUUGCUCUUAUUUUCAAACACCGUGUUUCUAUAUUCAAAGUACUCUCUGACAAGGCAAAUGGAGAAUUUGUUGAGGAUUUCAAUCUAAGAUCAUUUACCUAUGAAGAACUUGAGAAGGCAACCAAUGGCUUCAAUGAAAGGUUGGGAAAGGGAGCUUUUGGGACUGUUUUCAAGGGAGCUUUGAUGAAUGGGAAGGUCAUUGCUGUAAAAAGACUGGACAAAGUGGCUAGUGAAGGAGAGUUGGAAUUCCAGAAUGAAAUGAGGUCAAUAGGUAGAACUCAGCAUAGAAAUCUUGUCCGCCUGCUUGGUUACUGCCAUGAAAAAUCCAACAUACUUCUUGUUUAUGAGCACAUGAGCAAUGGAUCACUUGCGAACUUUCUCUUCAAAUCUGAAACAAAGCCAAGUUGGAAAGAAAGAGUUCAAAUUGCUUUAGACAUAGCUAGAGGCAUCCAUUAUCUGCAUGAGGAAUGUGAGACCCAAAUCAUCCAUUGUGACAUAAAUCCCAAUAAUAUAUUGAUGGAUGAACACCAGCGUGCAAGAAUUUCAGACUUUGGGUUGGCAAAGCUGUUGAUGCCAAACCAAAGCAGGACACUUACAGGGGUCAGGGGAACUAGGGGAUAUGUUGCCCCGGAAUGGUAUAAGAACCAACUCAUUACUGUGAAAACAGAUGUCUACAGCUUUGGGAUUAUGUUCUUGGAGAUCAUAUGUUGCAGGAGGAGUGUGAGUAUGGAUGUUCCAGAUGAUGAAGCUAUUCUUGCAGAAUGGGUUUACAGCUGUUUUAAGGCCAAUGAGCUGCUUAAGCUAUUUAGUGCAGAAGAAGUGGCAGAAGAAGUGGAUGAACAAGCCUUGCAAAGAAUGGUUUGCAUUGGACUGUGGUGCAUUCAAGAAGAGCCAUCACUUCGUCCUUCAAUGAGGAAGGUGAUUUUGAUGUUGGAAGGUACCAUUGAAAUACCUUUUCCUCCUAGCCCUGCUUCUUUUAGCAGUGUGGUCUAAAUCAUGUGCCUUGCUUUCUUCAAAGACUGUAAAAAUGUAUCUGUGGGCAUGAAUGAUACACACACACACACACCACAUAGCUCCAAACAUACCUGCUGCUUUUUCUUCUUCAAAAUGCUAUAAUCUAAGCUAUGUUAUUCUAAGAUUGUCUUGAAGGCCCUUUUUUUUUUUCAAUUCAAUUAUGGUACUCGACUUCUAUCUGUUUC